AUGACUACUUCUUCCACUAAUGUGCCCUCUGCCAAAGCCAUAUUAUCCACGGCGGCCUCUGUGGCAGCUUCGGUAAUGCUCGUCCGGACUAUAGUGCAGGACUUCUUACCUCAUGAGCUCCAAGAUUAUGUUUUCUCUGGCCUUCGGAAAUUCUUCAACCAAUUCUCCUCCCAACUCACUAUUGUCAUCGAAGAAUUCGAUGAGCUCACAAACAAUCAAGUCUAUGAAGCUGCAGAGAUCUACUUAGGCAACAAAAUCUCUCCCAACACCCAAACACUAAGAAUUAGCAAAUCCGAAAAGGAGAAGAACCUCAAGGUCGCAAUGGGAAGAAAUGAAGAGAUAGUUGAUACCUUUGAUGGUAUUCAAUUCAAAUGGAGAUUGGUUUGUACCCAAAUCGAAUCCAAGGGUUAUCAUAACCCACGAGACCUUAAUUCUUCCUUUCUAUCAGAAAUCAGGUCAUUUGAGCUCAGUUUUCAUAAGAAACACAAAGAGAAGGUGUUGCACUCUUACUUGCCUUACAUAUUGGAGCAAUCCGAGUCCAUGAAAGAAGAGAAUAAGACAGUGAAGCUCUUUACUGUGAACGAAAAUGGUUUAUAUAGGAACUUGGCAGAUGCAUGGAGUUCCAUUAACUUGGAUCACCCUGCAACUUUUGAUACAUUGGCGAUGGAUUUGGAGCUCAAGAAGAUGAUAAUGGAAGAUCUAGAGAGGUUUGUUCAGAGAAAAGAGUUCUAUAGGAGAGUUGGAAAGGCUUGGAAACGUGGUUACCUCUUGUAUGGUCCACCUGGAACAGGGAAGUCGAGCUUGAUUGCUGCCAUGGCCAAUUAUCUCAACUUUGAUAUCUAUGAUUUGGAGCUCACUGAUCUUCAUAGCAACUCGGCACUGAGGAGAUUGUUGAUAGCGACGGCAAAUAGAUCCAUAUUAGUUGUGGAAGAUAUUGAUUGCACAGUGGAUUUUCAAGAUCGGCUAGCUGAGGCUAGAGCUGCACAACCUUAUCAAUUUGAACAGGGCAACCAGGUAACCCUAUCAGGGUUUUUAAAUUUUAUUGAUGGCCUAUGGUCAAGCUGUGGAGAUGAGCGGAUCAUUGUGUUCACAACCAACCAUAAGGAUCGGUUAGAUCAUGCAUUGCUUCGUCCUGGUCGCAUGGACAUGCACAUUCACAUGUCCUUUUGCACACCUAGUGGGUUCAAAAUCCUUGUUUCUAAUUAUCUCCAGAUUAAUGAUCACCCAUUCUUCACAGAGAUUGAAGAGCUAAUAGAGAAAGUUGAGGUCACUCCUGCAAUGGUUGCUGAGGAGCUCAUGAAGAAAGGGAAUCCUGAAGCUGCACUUAAAGGCCUCCUUGAAUUCUUGCAUUCUAAGGAAAAGGAAAGUGCGGAAACAAUGACCACUGAAACCCAGAAAGGAGAAACUGACCAGAAAGAAAGGGAAGACUACUCCAUAUGAACUGAUAUGAAACUAGGAGAAUUAAUUAGCACACUAGAUUAUAAUUAACUUUAUCAAAUAUAAAAUGUAACAUUAAGGAAGAGAAAUGGUUUAAUAGCUUCUUCUAGC